AACACUAAAGGGGUAGCUAUGGAGAUGGAGCGUUUUCCUGGCUGCUUUCUUUGACAGGUGUUGAGUGGGGCAAAAGUCUUAAAAGAGAAUUCAGCAUGUACGCCAAAGGUAAAGGAGCUGUCGUCCCUUCUGAUAGCCAAGCGAGAGAAAAGUUAGCUUUAUAUGUGUAUGAGUAUUUGCUGCAUGUUGGCGCACAGAAAUCAGCACAGACCUUCCUGUCAGAGAUCCGAUGGGAGAAGAACAUCACACUUGGAGAACCUCCUGGAUUUUUACACUCAUGGUGGUGUGUAUUCUGGGAUCUGUACUGCGCUGCCCCGGACCGGAGGGAGACAUGUGAACAUUCCAGUGAGGCCAAGGCUUUCCAUGACUAUAGUGCAGCCGCUGCUCCCAGUCCAGUGAUGGGCAAUAUGCCACCCAAUGAUGGCAUGCCAGGAGGACCCAUGCCCCCAGGCUUUUUUCAAGGUCCCCCAGGAUCGCAGCCUUCGCCUCACACGCAGCCUCCCCCACAUAACCCCACUAAUCCCAUGAUGGGACCUCAUGGACAGCCAUUCAUGUCUCCACGGUACCCAGGUGGCCCAAGGCCCUCCCUCCGUAUGCCAAAUCAGCCUCCUGGGAGCAUCCCUGGGUCACAGCCUCUCCUUCCAAACAGCCUGGACCCCACAAGACCUCAAGGACAUCCAAACAUGGGCGGUCCAAUGAGAAUGAAUCCCCCUCGAGGCAUGGGAGGCAUGGGCCCACAGAACUAUGGCGGAGGGAUGAGGCCUCCUCCAAACUCCAUGGGGCCAGGGAUGCCAGGCAUGAACAUGGGUCCUGGUGGAAGAGGUCCAUGGCCAAACCCCAACACCAACUCAAUAGCUUAUUCAUCUUCAUCUCCAGGCAACUAUGUGGGUCCUCCAGGGGGAGGCGGCCCACCAGGAACUCCCAUCAUGCCUAGCCCUGGAGAUUCAACAAAUUCAAGUGAAAACAUCUACACAAUGAUGAACCCCAUCGGCCCUGGUGGAAAUAGACCUAAUUUCCCAAUGGGACCUGGUCCUGAUGGGCCUAUGGGUGGAAUGGGUGCGAUGGAUCAGCAUCAUAUGAACGGCUCACUAGGCUCUGGUGACAUGGAUGGGUUGCCAAAGAAUUCUCCCAACAAUAUGGCAGGCAUGAACAAUCCUCCCGGCACUCCACGGGAUGACGGCGAGAUGGCAGGCAACUUUUUAAACCCAUUCCAAAGUGAAAGUUAUUCACCCAACAUGACGAUGAGUGUGUGAUUUUUUUAUUUUUUUUUUAAUCUUUUAUUUUAUUUUACUUUUUCAUCUCCCUUUAUCUCAAUCUCCCUUUCCCAUCCACUCUGAUGUGUCUUGCAUUACCCUCCUCCUCCCCCUCUUCCUCCUAUUCGUGGAUGGUGUGCUGUGCCACACAGCCCCUGGGGAUUCCCCUGGAAAGCAGGACUCCCUUCAAGGCCCCCCAUCCCACCAACACCUGUAAAAUGGGUGUGAGAACAUGAAAAGGCCUCCAAGCAGCAGGAAGGAUCUCCUCUUCGCUUCUCCUCGCCUGUUUGCCCUGUCAAAGGCCCAAGUGCUGUGAGACCCUGAACCUGCCCCAAGCAUGUGUUUCUUAAACUCAAAACCUGCCCUCACGGAUGGCAUUCAGGCCCAAUCAUGAUGCCCCGCCACACUGAGCUCCACCCCACCAUCACCCUAUUCUUACAUCAAACUGAUUAAAACUAAAAAGAGCAUGCAGUAGUUGACUGAACCUGGGGCUAUGCUCCUGUGGCAGGAUUGGUUAAAAAAAAAAACAUGAACUGAUGAUGAUAUUUUAGGGCAAGAAUGGGUUUCAUUAAGUAUUUGUAUUUUUCUUUUUUGUUGUUGCUGAUAUUAUUGUUCUAAUUUUCAUAAUUGAUAUUGUUCGACUAAUGUAGUUAUGAUUUCCUGUAAAGGGCACAUUUUAUCUCAGCAGCAGCAUCAACAAUGACAGAAUAAGCACACGCUCGAAAAAUGCACAAUGACUUUCUGUUUACAUAAUUUUAGGUUAUUUGUCGUUUGUCUUGUUUCUGUCACAGUCAGCCUCACUUUGCAUACCUCUCCUCAAAACAUCCUCUGAACUUGUAGUUUGUGUAUUUGCCUCCUAAAUGGUUUCCCUAAAUUUCACGGGAAGAGUAAUUGGAUAAUUGAGGUGUUAGUUUCUCAGAUAAAACUAGCCAUACAGUUAUAGCUGAGGCUCAGAGCAAUGCUGUUUUCAGGUACAAUGUGUCUGUAGAUGCGCCUGAAUGAUCAGAUGUCUAACUGUACUGUCUUAAUAAUUAACCCUUCUCAUAACUUCCUAUUCUUUGUUAGAAAAUGGUUCCGAUGACAUCCUGAGGUGAUUAUCAGGACAGGUGCCAUUUGUAAUUCAGAAAUGGGCAGAGACCGAGAGCAUUUUGUGAAUCCAUUUGUCUCUUCUAUGGAUUAGGUCUCGUCUGUAAAUACAACAUAUUUAGCUUGUAUUGUGUUUUCUUUUCUUUUUGAUUAUUUGUUAUUUACAAGUUGUUUGUGACUCCUGAAAUGUGGUUCCUUAACCUUCAUUCGCUUUGUUUGAUUUCAUCCUUUUUUGUGGACUCCAAGUGGCCCCUUCUUCCUCCCAGGAUUCAUUAUGGUCCCUCACCAGCGACUCCCUUUUAGACUGGGAGGAAAUGCGGGAUACACUCAUGUAGCCUUCCUUGCUUUAAGUUUGGGUUGAAAUCACAAAUCCUUUUUCCACCUUCUUAACCUAAAUGGGUUAAAUAACUGCCUCCGUUGAGUUCCCAUCAUACAGUUCCCUCAGAGAGUCCCAUAUGUAUGGGAUCACGGACCCAGGUGCCCUGAGCCGCUGUAGGAUUGCUGCUGAUGGGAUCAGAGUUAUGCACCCAAGGGUUCAUAAACCAUCUAGCGAAGAGGAACAGCAACAGGAAACAUUUGCAAUGAAUACGUUUCCAUUUUGUUUGUUUUCUAUUUCAAUUGUGUUAAACUGAGAAAAAAAAUAAAGCCCAUAGAAUCUGCACACACAACAAAAGUCAGUUACAUAGUAUGCUAUUUAAUUUGUCUCUGAUAAGCUCACUACCACUGUUUCAGAGGGGUAAAUUAUUUCUCAUUGCACCAUGCUACAGCACUUGCAUCACAGCUGUGUUCAAACCAACAAUAACUAAGCAACCAGUGUAGCCUCUUUGGGUGAUGGUGAUGUACUUAUCAAUUUCCUGAUAUCAAUGUGAACAGAUUGUACGCAGAAUUAAACAGGGACAUCUCCAGGGUUUGGUUAUCAGUGGCCUGGGAAUCACUCACUCCAGUGUUCCUUUUAUACAGUGACACACACCUCCCUUUUUUUCCCCCCUACAGUCUCUCCCCUCCAACCUCCACCCCUUAAUUUCCCUUUUUGUAAAUACUGUAUAAUGCAUUUUGAUAUCAUUGACAUGUUUUGAUAUGUCAGUCACUACCAAUGAAUACAGCUGAAAGUAAAUUAUAAAUAGAACUGUCCAUGUUUUUCAUAGUGAAAGGAUGCACUGACAAUUUGGCUCAUGUGGCUAAAUUUAUAGAAUACAGUAAACAUGGCUAAAUGUAUAGAAUACAUUGACAUACUUAAUGCAGACUGCAUGCUUAAGGCAUGUACGGUAGGGAGGAUGGGACAGAGAGAGGACAGGACAGAGAGAAGCAAAUGAGCCGUGGCGUCCUCACUCUGCCCUUGACUCCUUGUGUUUCAGUUAAAAGUCGCUGUUGAUUUUGAAAAAUCAUGUGAAUAGUUUUACAAAAACACACAAAAAAGGGCAUCUUCUCACAAAAAAAAAAAAACAUGUGACCUCAUACUGCAGUUUUUAAUAUGAAGGAUUUUUAUCAAUUUAAGAAAACUUUUAAAAAGGAAAAAAUACUUAAGGAAAACCUCAUUUUAAAUUAAGAAGAUCAAAAUGUAAUACUUAUGGGGAAAACUGUGUCCUUUGCUAUUCGCUCCUGUAAUAGCGUUGUAUAGUUUGAAGCUCUCUCACUGAUCCUCUCUCAGUCCUCUGUGUAUAUCGAUCGUUGGCCAUCUCUGUACUUCUAUUGUGAUGUAUAAUACUGUACCAUUAGGAAGAUUUGCUGGUCGGGUAGGGUGGUUAUAUUGAGGCGGGGAGGGGUGGGGAUUCAGGGGAAGGGCAUAUAAAUGAUUCUCCUGUACCAUUCAUGGUCCUUUCUGAUGACACGGCAGUAUUCAAUAUGAAGCAGUCUGUCUCUUGGGUUUGCUUUGUAUUUCAUGGUAGGAUAGUUCAGAAUCUUGUCUUAGGGACUUAGGUGUCUUGUGUAGGUAAUAAAGAUGUUCUUUGUAUGUUUCUUUAUAUUGUAAAGUUUCUUUAGACUGAAAGAAAAACAGAUAAUUUGCUUAUCAAAAAAGAAACAAUGCAUCAAUAAUAAAUGUCAUUUGAUUUUU